GCCACCGAGAAGCAGAAUGUGCUAACUUAACCGCUGCACCACCAGGCCAGUCCUACAUUAAUUUCUAAGUACUUGGAGCUAAGCACUCUGCUAGGUGCAAAAGAUGCAAUGAUAAAUGAGCAGGUUUUCCUCAUGGCAUUAGCAACUAGAUAAUAUAAGUAGAUGCACACAUACACAAUUAUAUAGUGCUUUAAUAGAGGUUUUCACAAGGUGUUAUCAGAGAGUGAAUAAUCCCUUGAUUAGGCCAAGGGAGUAGAGGGAAACUUCACAAAGCAAAUGGUGUUUCAGCUGGACUUGCAAGAUGAGCAGAAAGUUAUACAUAACUGCAGGAAGAGGUUUCCAAAAGUAGAGAGCUACAUGCACAAAUGCAAGGAGGAGGGAGAGAACAGGAUGUGUGCACAGAACAGAGAGCAUUCUCAUGUGACCAGAACACUGGCUGUGCAGAGGAUUUGAAGCUGGAAAAAUAAGUAUAUAUCAGAGAAAAAGACCUUUUUAACAGGUUUGUACUUAUCCCAGGAACAGUAGGGAGUGAUUGAAAGAUGUUAAGCAGGUAACUACCUUAGAGUUGCUGUCAGAUCACACACAAGUCAAGGAUAGGUUGAAGAGAAUGAGUUGGAAUCAAGUUCCUACAAAUAUUCCAGGCCAGAGAAAAUAAGAGCCAGAAUCUAAAGAUGUUGUGGUAGGGAUGGAGAAUGUGGCACUGAAUCAGUGUUUAGGAGGAAAAAUAAUCAAGUUUAGGGGCUGAAUUAAAGGAUUUUUACCCCAGAUCCUGGGUUAUACAGCAGGUGGUAUCAUUUGCUGAAGCAGGGUAGACAAAAGGAGGAGGCUUGGGAUGGAAGAGGCAAUGAGUGUAAUUUAUAACUCUCACCACUCUUUAAAUCUGUGUAAAUUGGAUGAGGCUGUGUUGUUGAUGUACGUAGACGUUUCUGUCUAAGUUCCUUAUGAAUGGGUCCCACCGUGCCUACAUUCGAUCUAAACAGAUCUUUCCCUGAUUAUUUUCCAUGUUUUUCUUCAUUCUUCAUUCAUUCGUUCAAUAACAAUUUACUGGGCUUCUACCUUUCUAGGCACUGGGAUAAAAAGUUGAAUAAGACAAUUUCUACUCUCAAGGAGUAUACUAUCUAGAAUAUGAGAUGGAGACAUAAAUUAAUGAUUAUUCUAAGAUAAAGACUAUGAAAGUGAUAUUCCAGGGCUCCAGUGUUGCUAAUACAUUAAAACAUAAAAUGCCCCUCUCUAGAAAUUGUCUUGCUUUUUGCUCUCUUAGUACCAACCUGUGCCAAACACUCCUGCUUGCCCUCACCUGUGACCUCAGAUGAUUAUUAUUCUCAGAAAGUGAGUGAAAGUGUCAACUGAUGAGUAGAGCCAUGACUUGAAGUCAGACUGCCCAGGAUGCAUAGCCUGAAGCCACACUUGCUGGCUGUCUAACCUUGGAAAAAUUAUUCAACUUCUCAGUGCCUCCCUGGCAAAAAUUCUAAAAUAGAGUUUUCUUACUGUUUUAGCUCUUUACCACCCUCAUUCUUUCACCACCCUGACUUCACGUCUUGCGCCUGCUCAGUACUUUACUCAAACAUCAUCUUCUCAGGGAAGCCUUCUUUGACCCUCCCCCCAUCCAAAAUGUCUAUCCCCUCUCCAGUGCUUUAUUCUUCUCCAUUGUUCUUAUCAUCUAACAUGCUAUACAUUCUAUUUACAUAAUCUGUUUAUAAUCUGUCUUCCCUACUAGAAAAUGAGUUCUAUGAGGGCAGAGACUUUUGUUUAUUUCAUUUACUAAUGUACCAUCUUCAGUAUCUGGAAGAGUGUCCGGCACACAAAAGAUAAUCAGUAUUUAUUGAAUAAAUUAUUGUUUUCUCUUAGAGGUUGAAAAGCAGGGACUACAGUGAGUUUGGGCAAUGGGUUAGAUAAGAAGUAGAUUUUGGAAGGUAGGUCUAGCAUCAAAUCAUAAUAAUCAUAGUGGUUAGCGUUUAUUGAGCAUAUAUUUAUGUGCCAGUCACCACGCAAGUGUGUGAGAUUUAUUCCUUCAUUUAAGUUUAUAGUCAUCAGAAAGAAUUGCAGGAUCCCAAUUUUGAAGUUUAGUUAUUGAUGUAAUGAUGAAACCUUCUAUUCUUCUAUUUCUUUUUCAUAGAAUUUAAUAUUAUUUGUCACACUUGCAUAUUUGAGUUGGUCUUUAUUAACAUGUAAAAUCUAAGCUUCAUACUUCUUGGGAGUCAAGACACCGGCUAACCAAGAGAAGCUGAUUAAAGGGUUUAUACUUAACACGCCUAGAUUCUCUCCAGGGUUGGACACUAUUGGAGUCUAUGUUCCCUUUGUCUGAUCACAAAUAGCCACAUGGAGAACAUUUAGCCCUGGGAUCAAAAUAAACCACAGUUUCCAUAUUAUGUGUCUUGUUUAAAUUGCAAGUGUCUGAAUUUAGAAAUGAAGAUCCCUCCAGUAUACUGAAAUCUUCCUGAAUAUGGGCUACUCGAGAUUAGGACACAUUUAGGUCUCUUCUUCAGGGAUCACUGAUAACUCUUGGUUCACUUUCGUUGAUUUUCUCCAUCUCAACCUUUUGUUUUGCAGAAAACAUCCCCUGGCUCAUCUCACCAUCUUUCAUUGUGCAUCAAGACCUCUCUUUUCAGAAAGGCUUGGCCUGACUUGUUUUUUAGCACCACUGACUGUUGAAGAGAGAGGGUAGGAGCACAAAAGUGAAGCUGUGACUUUGGCCAUCCUCUAUAGAGCAGAGCAAAGUCAGGAGAUAUAGAGAUAUAUAUGGUAUACCUCAAUUCAGUCUGAAAACAAAGUUAGUAUUCCAAAAAUUGUGAAUCCAACAGUCAGACUUGUUUUUUACAUUUUGGAAAGUACAGUUGUUUGAUCUUCAACAAUUGUAACAAGGAAGGUGGAGAAUUAGGCCAUAGGAGGUUCCCUUUCUAAGGGUAUAAUAGAGGUCUAACUACCAUAUGGAGACUUCUUAUACCUUCCUGGAGUGUGAAUGCCCAGUGAAAUCCGAGGCAGAAGAAUGACGUGGGGAAACUGGACAAUUGUCAGUGAGUUUGUUCUUGUGAGCUUCUCAGCCUUGUCCUCUGAGCUACAAGCUCUACUCUUUCUCCUUUUUUUGACUAUUUACCUGGUUACCUUAAUGGGCAAUGUCCUCAUCAUUCUGGUCACUACAGCUGACUCUUCCCUACAAAGUCCUAUGUACUUCUUCCUCAGGAACUUGUCCUUCCUGGAAAUAGGUUUCAACUUGGUCAUUGUGCCCAAGAUGCUGGGGACCCUGAUCAUUCAAGGCACAACCAUCUCUUUCCUUGGCUGUGCAACUCAGAUGUAUUUCUUCUUCUUCUUUGGGGCUGCUGAGUGCUGCCUCCUGGCCACAAUGGCAUAUGACCGCUAUGUGGCCAUCUGCGACCCUUUGCGCUACCCAGUGAUCAUGGGCCACAGGGCCUGUGCCCAGCUGGCAACUGCCUCUUGGUUCUCAGGGUUUCCAGUGGCCACUGUGCAAACCACAUGGAUUUUCAGCUUCCCUUUUUGUGGCCCUAACAGAGUGAACCACUUCUUUUGUGACAGCCCUCCUGUCAUUGCUCUGGUCUGUGCUGAUACCUCACUGUUUGAGCUGGAGGCUCUGACAGCCACUGUCCUAUUCAUCCUCUUGCCUUUCUUGCUGAUCCUGGGGUCCUAUGUCCGCAUCCUCUCCACUAUCUUCAGGAUGCCCUCAGCUGAGGGGAAACGCAAGGCCUUCUCCACCUGUUCCUCUCACCUCCUGGUUGUCUCCCUCUUCUAUAGCACUGCCAUCCUCACAUAUUUCCGACCCCGGUCCAGCAACUCUCCUGAGAGCAAGAAGCUGUUGUCACUCUCCUACACGGUUGUGACUCCCAUGUUAAAUCCCAUCAUCUACAGCUUAAGGAAUAGUGAAGUGAAGGCUGCACUGAGGCGGGUCAUCCGAAGGACCCUGGACCCUCAGAAACUAUGACUGACUUAGAUGGAAACUGAAGGGGUAGAAUGCAAGGACAAAGGAAAGAAAAACAAAUUCCUCAAAUGGGUUUUUGGUCUUUACUCUUUCCAGGAGUCACAGCAUACCCACUGGGAUUUUGGACUUUCCACUAGGAUCCAAUUCUGAAUGAAAGAACAUGAGUGAUGAAAGGAAGAACUUCAGUAGGCCCAAUAUUCUAUGGGACUGUGGUACCAGCGUCUCUGAGGAUGCUGCUAGUUUACAUAGAUUAGGAGCCUACCUGAAGGUUGACAACUUCACUACAAUUUGCCAUUUUUUAAUUUGUUUUAACUUUUCUUGAACUUCUUCAUCCAUGUCAUUUUAUAAUCUUCUGCUUUACUUUCUUUUAUUUGUCCAAAAAUUCUAUCUGGAAUUUUCAAGUAUAU